GAUAUCAGUAAAAUUUUAUGAAUAAAAACUGACUCCAUUUGAAUAAACCCCUCUUUAAAAAACUAUUAGCCCAAACUUGGGAAAGGUAGGGAGUCUUUAUUUGAUGUGAUAUAGAUUGACUGGAGGCCCCAGUUCUGGUUUCCAUCAUCAUCUUAUUUAACAUUUACAGAAUGGGGGCUGGGGAUGUGGCUCAAGCGGUAGCGCGCUCGCCUGGCAUGCGUGCGGCCCGGGUUCGAUCCUCAGCACCACAUACAAACAAAGAUGUUGUGUCAUACAAAGAUGUUGUGUCUGCCGAUAACUAAAAAAAUAAAUAAAUAAAUAGUAAAAAAAAAAAAAAUUACAGAAUGGGACUAGAGUGAGGAAUUUUGAAGGAUCAUAUGCCCUUGUAAUGGUGAUUAGCUUUUUUUUUAAUAUUUAUUUUUUAGUUUUUUUUAAGUGGACACAAUAUCUUUAUUUUUAUAUGGUGCUGAGGAUUGAACCCAGUGCCUCAUGCAUGCCAGGAGAGCGCACUACCACUUGAACCACAUCCCCAACCUGAUUAGCUUUUAAUAAAGGGAAAUUCCUGGGAUGAAGCUAUUUAUUUAACUUGCAUACACUGGUAGAUCUGAGUUCUAUCUUGUUUCCUCUCAACCUUUAAAAGUCUUCUUGUUACACUUACAAAAGUGUGAUUCACCUUAUAUCUGCAUCUAAACAGUGGUGUAAAGAACAUUUGAAAAUUAGAUUUUGUCAAUCAUGAACUAUUUUAUUAAGCCAUUAGAAUAUGGCCCAGCAUAUUCUUCUGGUUUUGUUGCAUAUCAUAAGUGAAUUGUUUCACUGCUUUAUUAUUAUUGAGUUAUAGGGGCUAUAACAAUGGAGAACUCAUCUCUUACCUAAAAAAUCUACUUAGAACUCUUACUUCCAGCACAUAUUAUAAAACAAGAACCUAAAGUAAUAAGUCAGAUGAAUCACAGUAUUGUGUGACCAAAUUGCUUCUCCCACCUGUUUGUGUGAAAAAUACUAAUGCUUGGUUCCCACUCUUUAGAGAUUCUGAUUUAUAAGUUUGAGGUACAUUGGAAUAUUUAAGAGCUACCCAGGUGAAACCAAGUUUCAAAAUUACUGAUUAGUUAAUAAUUAGUUAUUAAUCCUCUCCUGAGUUUUAGCAGAUGUUCAAUUUAUAAAAUGGUAUUCUUUUACAUACUUUAAUUACCUUCUUGUAUUCUUUUUGUGACCGAAUGAAGUAGACAAGCUUUUGCAUCCAGGGUUCCUUCUCCUUUACUAGUGAUCUGUGAUGGCUGUUGCCUCACUCUUAGAUUCUCUACUUCACAUCUGGCUUUCUUCCUGUAACUUUGCCAAGGCUGGCAUUUUGGUGAAGUCAGCCUUCUUCAUAUCCACAUGCAUCCAAUGUUUAAAUGGGCACAUUAGUUUUCAUCUUUGAAAUCCAUUGCUUUCCAUGUUUUUCAGGAAACCGCUUAAAAUUUGCAAAAUGUUUGAUAAACCCUAUAGGGUUGUAGAAACACUAUUCUCUAGAAGUUCUCAUCUCUCUUCCACCACUGAUAAAUGGUUAAAUACUUAACAUUUUGUAAAAGGGACAAUAUUAAUUUAUCAAAUGACACGUAGUAGACUAACUGGAAGUUCUUCAGCUAUGAGAUUUUGAUUAUCUCUGACUUCUAUUCCAGCUUUUGUACCUUUAUGUCCCCCAGUGAGAGACUGAAAUCAGGUUUUGUCAACUGAAUAAAUAUGAACAUUGAGAGAAGGGCCAAAGCUGUCUUUGGGAUAAUAUUUUUCGUAUUGCCUGAUCCUGUGAGCUCCUGGGAUAUUUUUUUAAAACGUAAACUUGCAAUUUCUAUUCUAGACCCAAGAAUCAGUCUUCAGAGGCGGCCUACAUGGACAUUUUCAUCAAGCUCCUAUGUGAUUCUUGUGAUCAGACAAAAACAGGAAAUUGUUGUAUAUUAAAUUGAGCAUAGUUGAUAAUCAAUAAAUGAACACACAUCUGUUUCCCUAACCCAUGUUUUCUUCCUGGAAUCCUACAAAUUAGGUAAGGUGCACAACCCCAGAAUUAAAACAACCACCACUGUUUGUAAGGGAAAAAGCCAAGUGUUUCUUUUAUUGAAUAUAGAGGGCCUUUGGAUCUCUUGUUACUUAGCAUUUUGUGGUACUUAAGUUUGCUGAUAGUAAAUGCCCAUAUGUUUCUUUUAAUCCUACUUGAGAAUAUGUUCAGUGAGGGACUCAACAGGGGAGCUUUGUGAGCACUAUUCUUAGGGUCUUUCCAUGGACCGUAUUUUUGAUAAGAAGGUGAAAUUAGAUGUUUUAGUGUUUAAGCUAUUGAGCUUCAUAAUGGACUAUCUUACGGUCUGCUUUAUGUUAAGUUUCACUUGUGGCAAUCUUAUUGUAUUUGUAAUGAUUUUGUUUCUACUUUUUCAUGUGGAAAAGGAACAUUGCUCUGUACCGAACUAUAUUGAUAUAUAUUGCUUUUUAUGGAAUACAUAUGAAUGAAUACCUUGUACCUCAUAGCAUGCUUAUCAUAGGGUUUUGUAAUUAUAUUUAAAAUUUUUCUUUAGUAUUUUUCAUGUUAAUGUUCAUAAGAGGAUGAAUCCCAUGAUACUAUAUUAAAACUCAUAUUGGUUAAUUACUUAUGCAAAUAAUUUUUAUUAGUUAAUUCAGAGAAUAGGCCCUAGUACAUCAAUUUCCACAUCUUCCUCAGAACAGCAUGAGCAUGACAUGAAUUAUGACUGAUUAAAGAAUUUGGGAAUUAGGAGUAUAGCUCUGUUAGAGCAUGUGCUUAGCACAUCUGAGGCUUGGGUUCAAUCCCCACACCACAUAUCAUUAUUGUUUGGAUACUAGGUGUCCCCCCAAAGUUCCUGUGAUAAUGCAGGAAUAUUCAGGAGGUAGAAUGAUUGCAAGAAUAUUCAGGAGGUAAUCAGCUUAUGAAACCUAAUCCAUUCAUCCUAAUUUGAAAGGACUAACUGGAUGGUAACUAUAGGUAUGUGGGGUGUGGGUCACUGGCGUCAUGCCCCUGAAGGGUGCAUCUUCCCUAUGGCCUUUUCUCCUUCUCUUUCUCUCUGCUUCCCAGCUGUGAUGAGCUGAGAAACUUUCUUCCUCCAUGCAUUUCUGCCAUGAUGCUCUGCCUUACCUUAGGCCCAGAGCAUUGGCAUUGACUGACUAUGGGCUGCACCUCUGAAACCAUGUGCCAAAAUGAACUUUUCCUCCUCAUCAGGUAUUUUAGUCACAGUGAUGUAAAGCUGACUAACACACACACACACACACACACACACACACGGAAAAAAUGUAUAAAAUACAUAUAUGUGUACCUAUACAUGUGUUUAUAUAAAAUAUGUUUCCUGUUAUGAAAGUUUUGUGUAUACAUAUAUACACACACAAAACAACUUGAAAAUUACAGAAAGAUAUGUAGAAGAAAAUCAAUCAUUGUGACAACAUUCAGAGUCCAUUUCUGUUUAUAUUCUGAUUUACUUUAUUUCAACCUUUUAUUAUGUCUAAUUCUUCUGGUUUAUAUAUAGUGACCUAAGAAAGCUUGAACCUGCACAUAAUGCUUAUUUUGCUUUUAUUAGCUUAUAGGAGGUUAAAAUAUUUCCAGAUGUUAUUAUGAUUGAAUAAUUUUAUAAUGUAGUCUAGGUAGCCAUUCUCCAUGAACAUGUCAGUUCAGUCCCCACACCACAUACUGUUUUCGUUUGGAUAUAAGGUGUCUCCACAAAGUUCCUGUGCUAAUGCAGGAAUAUUCUGACAUAGGAGACUUGUAAUUAUGGGUUUCCUCAUUUCUCUUUGGAGUUCCUUCUCUAUCAAGUUUGUGUUAAACUGAAAGGAGAACCAUGGGCUCACCCAAGAAAGUUAUUUAAUAAGGCCGUAUUUUGUGCCAGUCAUAUAGACUAUCUCCAGUGUCUUGGCUUUUUCCUUUCUUGUCAGGUUUUAUAGUUAGGCAGAGUCCAUUCUUAGACAACUAAAGCCCUCUGGGCUGUAGCUAGGCUCCUUAUUUCCAUAUUCUUCUUAUUUCAAUCCAUUGUAAAUAGUUACCCAAGUGAAAUUCUUCCAGCGAUGUCCUCACAUUAUUUUUAUGAAGCUUACAGUGGCUUCAACGGCUUUAGCCUUUCAGCAUGCUUUCUUAGCUGGCCCCUUCCACCACAUUUUAUUUUUUUACUCACUGGUACAAUCUGUGCUUCAACCAGGAAAAUCUGUGCACAACUUGCUCUGCCUCUACCUUUGUUCAUUUAUUAACUUUAUUUGUAAUUUUUUUUUCUUGUACUCUCUGGAAGUUCAUGUCCCUUUUUUCCCUCAAAAUGCCCCUUGAAAUUUACAUUUUCCCCAGAAACUUCUCUCUGACUUACUGUACAUACUUCUAGCAUGUUUUUUUUUUUUUCUUUCUGUUUUUGGUACUGGGAUGGAACCAAGAAGCACUUUACCACUGAGCUAUAUCCCCAGCCUUUUUUAUUUUGAGAUAGGGUGUUGCAGAAUUGCUUAGGUCCUCACUAAGUUGCUAAGGUUGGCCUUGAACUUGUGAUCCUCUUGCCUCAGCCUCCUGAGUUGCUGGGAUUACAGGCAUGUGCCAUCACGCCUGGCUUAUGUUAUCUUUUUAUAUUUCUUCAAAAUGUCAUUUUUUAUCUAUUUAUUCAGUUAAUGUUGGAGACUUUGUCUUGUUUUUCCACAUUGCCAUACAUUGGUUUUGAAGCCUAAGUUAAUUAAAUUUAAACCAGUGCAGAUGCUGGUGUUUUUCAGAGUGGGAAAUUAAGACUUGGGUAGAAAGGUGUUUGUUGCUGCAUGUGGCAUGCCUGAACCUAAUCUUAAGGAUUUAUAGAAAUCAAAGUAUAAUACAAUGUAAAGAUGACAGAAUGAUGUCUUUAAAAAGGAAGAAAAACAAAAGAAUAGCAAACAGAAAUGCCAACCUCUCUGACUUUCAUUGCAGGGCAGGUGUUUUGUGGGAAAUCUUUACUUUCUUUGGACUCAUUGGUAUUAUUAUUUUUUUUUAUUACCACCAGAGAUUGAGACCCUAUCUUUUGAGAUAGGGUCUCGAAGUGUUGUGAAGGGCCUCAUUAAGUUGCUGAGGUUGGCCUUGAACGUUUGAUCCCCCUGCUUCAGUCUCCCAAAUCAGUGAGAUUACAGGAAUGUGCCUUCACACCAAGCUGGACUCAUUGGCUGUCAGUCCAGUGUAAAGCUGUUGGAGCGAGGGAGCAAAGGUAAAGAAUGAUGUAAUGCACUGGCUGCCCCAAAGCAUCUUUUGUUGUGGAAUGGUUAUUCCAGUCAUCUCUCGAUGAAUCAAAUGUGAGGGGCUGCUUUGUGGAAGGAGUCCUUUGCAAGAGCACAUCAACGGGAAAGAGAAAGAGACAUUCAGUUGGAGGGCUCUUGCUGAAAAUGGGUUUAACUCUCCUUUUGCCAGUCACCACCAGCCUGACCUCAUACAUUUUUAGUACAAUGGAGUGGCUGAGCCUUUGAGCACACCACCAUUACAUCAUCGUGGCAAAUUAAAGAAGGAGGUGGAAAAAGAAGACUUAUUGUUGUCAUGGCCCAUGAGAUGAUUGGAACUCAAAUUGUUACUGAGAGGUUGGUGGCUCUGCUGGAAAGUGGAACGGAAAAAGUGCUGCUAAUUGAUAGCCGGCCAUUUGUAGAAUACAAUACAUCCCACAUUUUGGAAGCCAUUAAUAUCAACUGCUCCAAGCUUAUGAAGCGAAGGUUGCAACAGGACAAAGUGUUAAUUACAGAACUUAUCCAGCAUUCAGCGAAACAUAAGGUUGACAUUGAUUGCAGUCAGAAGGUGGUAGUUUAUGAUCAGAGUUCCGAAAAUGUUGCUUCUCUAUCAUCAGACUGCUUUCUCACUGUACUUCUGGGUAAACUGGAGAAGAGCUUCACCUCUGUUCACCUGCUUGCAGGUGGGUUUGCUGAGUUCUCUCGUUGUUUCCCUGGCCUCUGUGAAGGAAAAUCCACUCUUGUCCCUACCUGCAUUUCUCAGCCUUGCUUGCCUGUUGCCAACAUUGGGCCAACACGAAUUCUUCCCAAUCUUUAUCUUGGCUGCCAGCGAGAUGUCCUCAACAAGGAGCUGAUGCAACAGAACGGGAUUGGUUAUGUGUUAAAUGCCAGCAAUACCUGUCCAAAGCCUGACUUUAUCCCUGAGUCUCAUUUCCUUCGAGUGCCUGUCAAUGAUAGCUUCUGUGAAAAAAUUUUGCCAUGGUUGGACAAAUCAGUGGAUUUCAUUGAGAAAGCAAAAGCUUCCAAUGGAUGUGUCCUAGUGCACUGUUUAGCAGGGAUCUCUCGCUCCGCCACCAUUGCCAUCGCCUACAUCAUGAAGAGGAUGGACAUGUCUUUAGAUGAGGCUUACAGAUUUGUGAAAGAAAAAAGACCUACUAUAUCUCCAAACUUCAAUUUUCUGGGCCAGCUCCUUGACUAUGAAAAGAAGAUUAAGAACCAGACUGGAGCAUCAGGGCCAAAGAGCAAACUCAAGCUGCUGCACCUGGAAAAGCCAAAUGAACCUGUCCCUGCAGUCUUGGAGGGUGGACAGAAAAGUGAGACAUCCCUCAGUCCACCCUUUGCUGACUGUGCUACCUCAGAGGCAGCAGGGCAAAGGCCUGUGCAUCCUGCCAGUGCGCCCAGCCUACAGCCAUCACUGUUAGAGGACAGUCCACUGGUACAGGCACUCAAUGGGCUCCACCUGUCCUCUGACAAGCUGGAAGACAGCAAUAAGCUCAAGCGUUCCUUCUCUCUGGAUAUUAAAUCAGUUUCAUAUUCAGCCAGCAUGGCAGCAUCCUUACAUGGUUUCUCCUCAUCAGAAGAUGCUUUGGAAUACUACAAACCUUCAACUACUCUGGAUGGGACCAACAAGCUAUGCCAGUUCUCCCCAGUUCAGGAAGUGUCAGAGCAGACUCCAGAAACCAGCCCAGAUAAGGAGGAAGCCCACAUCCUUAAGAAGCCCCAGACCACCAGGCCUUCAGAGAGCAAGCGACUACACUCAGUAAGAACCAGCAACAGUGGCACCCAAAGGUCCUUCUUAUCUCCACUGCAUCGAAGUGGGAGUAUGGAGGACAAUUACCAUACCAACUUCCUCUUCGGCCUUUCCACCAGCCAGCAACACCUCACCAAGUCUGCUGCCGGGCUGGGCCUCAAGGGCUGGCACUCAGAUAUCUUGGCUCCCCAGACCUCUACCCCCUCCUUGACCAAUAGUUGGUAUUUUGCCACAGAGUCCUCUCACUUUUACUCUGCUUCAGCCAUCUAUGGAGGCAAUGCCAGUUAUUCUGCCUACAGCUGUAGCCAGCUGCCCACUUGCAGUGACCAAGUCUAUUCUGUGCGCAGACGGCAGAAGCCAAGUGACAGAGCUGACUCACGGCGGAGCUGGCACGAAGAGAGCCCCUUUGAAAAGCAGUUUAAACGUAGAAGCUGCCAAAUGGAAUUUGGAGAGAGCAUCAUGUCAGAGAACAGGUCGCGGGAAGAGCUGGGGAAAGUGGGCAGUCAGUCUAGCUUUUCAGGCAGCAUGGAAAUCAUUGAGGUCUCCUGAGAAGAAAGACACUUGUGACUUCUAUUGAGUUUUUUUUUUUUUCCACAAAAAUAUUCCCUGUAAAUCUGAAAUAUAUAUAUGUACAUACAUAUAUAUUUUGGAAAAUGGAGCUGUGGUGUAAAAGCAAAAGGUGGAUCAACACAGUUCUCUUAGCAUCUGCAUUUGAGAGAUGAGCUAAUAUUUCUCUCAAGAAAAGUGGAAGGACAGAUGUUAGAAUCCCCCUAACCAGAGGAACCAACUUGUAUUCCGUGAAUUGCACAUUUAUUGCUCCUACAGAAGCAACUUUGAUGUCAGAGGACAAAAUCCCAUACCAUUUUCACGUUGUGCUACAAUGAGAUCUCAAAUAUUUGUCUUUGUCCAGUCCCUUCCAUAGUGCACCUUAGUGCUGAGACUGAGCCACUGGUGGGUCGGGUGGGUAGACCUCUUAGGGACAGAACCUAAUGGUUAAAUCCAAGAGAAAUGAUCCUAUCCAAACUGAUUCACAAAUCCAAGCUCACCUGACAGCUGAGUGACAUAAGCAUCAUUCUGCUGCAUGGACCAUUAGGGGCCUCGCCCAGAUCUACUUUAGAACAAACCCAGUACCUCAGACAGGACAGUCGGGGCUUUCACCACUACCAUGUCUGGGAGCCCGUUUUCUAGGCAUUGUGAAUAGGUUGGUAGCUAGUCAUACUUUUCAGAACAAUUUAAAACUCUCUAUGCACAAAAUUCCAGUUGGGCCUGGAUGGAGUAGGUUGUUUUCUUCUUUUCAGCUUUAUUUAAAGAAAGAGAAGAGAAACCAUCUAGGAUUCACCUUAGCUAGGAAUCUGGCAGUAUAAUGAUUUAAGCCAAGAUUGGGAGGCUAAACAAGUCUACCUGCCUUUUAUGAAUCAAAGAAUUGUUUAAAAUGGGAUUGUUAAUCCUUUCAUUAAAGAUUAACUUGGUUUAAAGUCAAAUGUGAAUUGUCUGGGUUCAUAGCAGAGUGACAGAUCCUUCAAGUUCUCAGCCAAAGUAGAUAUUUUCCAUUUAUUUCAUUGCAUGGAUCCAGUUUGUAAAAAUGUAACAACAGGAAGAAUUUUAUAGGACACCACCUAGGCGGGGAACUAUAGAAAUAUUAAGAAGGUUAAAAAAAAUGCUGAGGAGAAACAGGAAACUUAUUUCCUUGAUGGCACAUCUCCUCUUGGCAUGUGAUGAGGGUGGUAUUUCUAAAAUCUCUGCAUACUUUUAAAUGUACUAAUAGAGUUGAGAGAGGCUUUAGGAAGCAAGGAAAACUCAGUAAAACAGUUUAGGAAGGUGAGAAGAAGGCUGUUGAAUUUUGUUCAGUUGUGAGUAGAGUGGAAAGCCAUAGCCAAGCUAUUUUGAAAACUAUCCCUGGCAUGUUUUUAGUAAAACAUAUCAAGAUGGAAAAAGACCAAGAUGGUUUCUCAGUCCUUGACCUACAAUCACUGUAUGGAAUCAAUCCUGGCAGCUGAAAAUAGAAGGUAAUUAGAACAAGUACACAAGUGAUAGUAUGUAUUUGCUUUUAAAUUUCUUGGCUUAUGUUUUAUCAACUACGGUAUGGUCCUCUUUUGAAGCCUUAAUUCAUGUCAGCAGCUUUUUUUUGGGGGGGUGGGAAGUGGGACAGGUGUUAUUGUUCUUUCCUUUACUGUAAGUGUAGCUAGUUGCUGACUUAUAUCUCAGGUUUUUCUAUGUUUGAGAAAUGGAUAUUCCUUGGACUAGGCUGUGAUUUGUUUCCUAUGGUGACUGCUAAAACUAGCACAGAAUAACGAUUCAGAACUGACUGGCAUGAUCAUGGGGUUUAUGAGCUUCACAGACAUACUGGUUAUGUACAAAUAAUGUGCUAUGAUGUGGGUAUAAAAUGGACACAAAAGAGCAUGAACUGCAUAGGGAGCACAUUAUUACUGUACUGACAAAUUUCUGUGAAAUGAUCUGAGUUUUUAUAUACGCAUUUAAAUCUUUUAUGUAAUCAGAUAUUCUCAAGGUUUCACAAAGUAAUUUUUGGUGUGUUGUGUAUACACACACCGAAUGUUUAACAGUUCCCCGCUUCCAGAAUCUGGUUACAUCUGUCAAACAUUUUUUAAGAAAUGAAAGCUAUAGCUCCAUCGUUAAGGGUUUCAGGAGGCUUGGGGGACUCAGGUUCAAUAGAUCUUUGGGCAAAAAUUUGCCUUGUGUCAUUUAGGGUUUCUGUUGGCUAUGGUCCCCCUUCCUUCCUGUAACUGUGAUAUAGUCAUACACUACAACUGUCAGUCCUUGAUCAGUUAUGUCCAAUAAUCAGUUCUUGGAAUCAAGAUUACCAUGCCGAAGGGGCAGCCUCCAAGGCAAGUCCUGGAGCUGCUCGGGUCUGUGGGUGAUGUGGAGGCUGGUUCUCUUCAGCAUGGAAUCACAGGGGAACCCCUGGAGUCUACUAGGAUGAUACAGAAUGGUGAUUUUAAAGAGUUGAAAUAGGCUUCUGUGUGAGAAAUGCUGGAAAUUGAUUUAGGACAUUUGUAAAGUUAGGUGGAAAGACUGUAUAAAUGUUUAACAUGAAUAUAGUGUUCUUUUGGAGCAAGGCAAGCUGUUGAAUGGUUAAAUUGUGCAUUUCUCAUUUUGAUGUGUCAUGUAUGUUAAUAUGAUGAAAUAAAAUCAAAACUGGUACCUGUUUAUACAUAAA